GCUCCUUGUGUGUGUCUGCCUCCCGGCAGCCCCGCGCGCUCGCACCGGGACCUCGCGGGGAAGUGGCGGCGGCGGCGGCGGCGGGUGCGCAUGCGCAGAGCCGCCGUUCCCCACACGCCCCCGUUUUCCGUUUCCCGACUGGCGGAGAAACGCAGCGGGGGCAGCGGGAAAGGCGCGCGUGUCGCCGCGCGUGCGCAAAGGAGGCGGUGAGCGGCCCCCACCGGGCUCCCGCCAAUCGGGCACCGCCCCGCAGCGCCGCCGCGGCCCAGGCGCGCCGUGCGUGCGUGCGUGCGUUCGUGCGUGCGUCCGCUCGUGCGUGCGUGCGUGCGUGCGCUCGGCGGCGGCGGCGGCGCGUCCCGAGCCCCGAAUGAACGCGCCGGUCCCGGCGGGCGAGCGGCCCUGAGCGACCCGCGAGCGGGGACGGGCCGUGCCGAGCGGCUUCUCCGCCCGCACCCCGCCCGCCGCACGGCAUUGAGAGGAUUGCAGUGGCAUUCUAAGGUCAUUUAAAAUCAUGACAAGCUCAGUCGGACAGAAGAAAGUCUCCUCCAGACAAAGGAAGUGUGGGUUCUGUCGGUCGAAUAAAGAUAACGAAUGUGGGCAGUUGCUGAUGUCGGAGAACCAGAAGGUGGCGGCACAUCACAAGUGUAUGCUGUUCUCGUCCGCACUGGUCUCAUCACACACUGAUAAUGAGAGUCUUGGUGGAUUCUCUAUUGAAGAUAUUCAGAAAGAAAUAAAGAGAGGCACAAAACUGAUGUGCUCUUUAUGCCACUGUCCUGGAGCGACCAUUGGCUGUGAUGUGAAAACGUGUCACAAGACAUAUCACUACUACUGUGCUUUGCAUGAUAAAGCUCAGAUAAGAGAGAAACCUUCACAAGGCAUUUACAUGAUUUUAUGUCGAAAACACAAGAAAACUACGCAUAACUCUGAAGAUUUAGAAGAAAAUAUCAAUGAACACGAAUUGGAGCCUUCACCUCCCAAAGGAAAAAGGAGGGGUCGUAAGGGAAAGCCAAGAAAAACAAAUUUAAAAGGGCAAUCAGAAGACACUAGAUCUACGUCCUCACAUGGCACAGAUGAAAUAGAAAGCAGUUCCUAUAGAGACAGGUCUCCCCACAGAAGCAGCCCCAGUGAUACAAAACCUAAAUGUGGAUUCUGUCAUGCAGGUGAAGAAGAAAAUGAAGCUAGAGGAAAGCUUCAUAUAUUUAAUGCCAAAAAGGCUGCAGCACACUAUAAGUGCAUGUUGUUCUCUUCUGGCACUGUCCAGCUAACAACAACUUCAAGAGCAGAAUUUGGUGAUUUUGAUAUCAAAACUGUACUUCAAGAAAUCAAGAGAGGAAAAAGAAUGAAAUGCACACUCUGCAGCCAGCCUGGUGCUACUAUUGGGUGUGAAAUCAAAGCCUGCAUAAAAACAUACCAUUACCACUGUGGAGUAGAAGACAAAGCUAAAUACAUUGAGAAUAUGUCACGAGGAAUUUAUAAACUCUAUUGUAAAAACCAUAGUGGAAAUGAUGAAAGAGAUGAAGAGGAUGAAGAAAGAGAAAGCAAAAGCCGUGGCAAAUCAGGCACUGACCAUAAUGACAUUCCUCAGCAGCAGCUCAAUGGAAACUAGGUUCAAGGGACAGAGUUAUAGAACUGGGAAUGGCUAAGACAUCAUAACUACUAAUUCUUUUAAAUUGUUUUCUAAAAAUCAGAAAAGGGUUAGUAACUUUUUACUACCCAACUCUGUUAGAAAUUUCAUUGAACUGCCUGAAACGUUCAUGUGUGUGAGCCUUCAGUAAGUGGCAGAGUUUUACAUGUCAAUAUUAUGUAGUUUGUAGUCUGCAGUGUCUGGAAAAAAAAUGAAACACUAUAUAAAUGAUAUGUAAUAUGUACAGUGUCAAAAGUUAAGGCAGACAUUGAAAUGAAGUAAGAUCUAUAUUUCUGGACUGAAUAAAAACUUUAAGAUUUGGAAUGUGUAAGUUGUUUAGUGGAUUCACGCAAUGAGGGAAGGUCUUAGCUAGUUUCAUUAACAAGAUGGACAAGUCCGUGGAGGCAACGAGCUGGUACUUUGUGAAUUUUGCAUUUUCUUCCUGCACAACUUCCGGAGGCUGUACAUGGCAGAGCCGCGCUGUUUUUGCUUGGGAAGCAGCAGUAGGAGAGGACUCGCUGUACACGAAGCACGCUUGAACAUUUCAGGUUGUUCCUGUUGUGAUUGCUCAUUCUGCCUGGCAUUGUUUGCAGGAGAUUUACUUGAGCAGCUGUUGGUUCUGAGCUGUGAGCUUUAGAACUCAUGCCAAAGGGCUGUAGUUCAUUCUUUCCCCAAAAACUCACCUCUUUCUGUGUCCUGAUUUACAAAGAACACUUCACCAAGUGUGAUUAAAGCCCAACUAUACAAAUGUUUGGACUUUGCAGCCCAAUCUCUUUUACUUCAGAGAGUUACAACUCUUAACUCACUAUGGAAUUUAGCCACCAUAUCUGACGUCCAUACCUCAGGUGUUCUCUGUUGUGUGGAACACUUCAUGUUUUGUCAAGAAUGUGCAUAAAGGUCCCAUAUUCUGUAAGAAGAAUGAGGAAACAACCUUUUUUGCUAGAUUGGUAUUUAUUUUUUAACCAUAUGACCACUAUAUGGGAAACUUCUCGUAUCAUCCUUAUUGUUUUAAUGAUUUUUUUUUCCUUUCUCUGUCAAGUCAACAAUCACAUCAUGGAAUUUUACUUGCUAGAAUUUGAUGUUCCUUGAGGGAACGAUCAGAUCUAGGCUAUACCAAACCUAACAGAACAGUCUUCUGACUGCUUUCAAAACACCUUGUCAUUACUAAUAAUUACUGGCUUCUUCAAUUGGUCUGUUAAAGCACAUCCUCAGACUUACUUAAAUAAAACCAAAAAGCUGAAUCUAGUCCACAUGUUUGUCUGUUGCUACUGCAUCACCUUAUUGUUUGUUUAGGGUUUUGACUUGUUUCACUCUGAACUCCCAACAAAACUUCUGGAUUUGAAGGAAGGAAACAAGCGAAAGACACUGAUUUGACUAUAAACUGCUACAAUUCUUCUGUGAUUGGUAUUGCAAAAACGGUUCAUUUGUAACAUGAGUUUCUGUAGCAUUUUUUACUUGUAUUUUUAAAAGAUUUAACGUGUGUCAUUUGUCUUCUUAUGCAUUCCCUUAAUGUCUUGAGGGACUCAAUUACUGUAUAUUGGAGUUUCUAACAUUUUACCUGUUAGAAUUCAAACAAUUCUGUUUGAUUUCCUGGAGAAUAAUCUCAUUUGGAAAGAAAUAUUGCUGUGUACAGAAAAUAUUCAGUUACUGCUCUAAACAUGAUGCCAUUGAUCAUUUUUAUUUUGUAUUUGUAACUUUCAAAAUUAAAAGCGUGACUUGAAUUGCAAUGACA